UCGAAGAAAUGAAUGCUUGGCACUGCCCUCUGAUCUCUUGUUCCCACCUCUUAAACCACCAUCUUUAAGAUUUACUGUUCUAUUUAUAAAAGCGGCUGCCACCUGCUUUCUUGCCAUACUUUGCAGCAAUAUAUACUGCUUGGAAGAACAAAGGCCAGAAAGUUAAAUAACUUACAAAUUUGCUAGUUAAAAUUGGGGGGCAUGAGGGCAGGAGUGUCUGUGGAAUCUGUUGCUUGGCAACUUUUGACGAGCCCAGUCAAUUACUUCUUGCCACUAAAAGGAAAUUAACUCCUCAUUAUGCAGAGGGCUUGAAAAGUCACCCAGAGCAGGCCGUCCAUAGCCAUGUCGCACUUUCUCUACUUGACUCCACAAAUUCUCCUGCCCUUUAGCCCUCUUACUUCUCAGGAGUUUGAUCUGAUCAGACGCAAGGCUGGAGCAUCUUGGCAGAAUGAAAGGAGAUGGUCAGAUUCUUCUCUGACAACCUACAAGGGCAGUUACCGGAGGAAAGAACUGGAUAAAUCUACAAGCGGCCAAUUUUGUUUGGAAGCAGGAAAGCAGAGGCCUGAGUGUCGCCAGAUGUCAUCGCCAAAGGCCUCUGCCUACGGCCCCGCACUCUGCAGGGCUGAUCCCCAAGACACUGCAGGUGGUAAAGGACUAUUCCCUCAUAUAACCAGUUCCUUUAAAAAUCCACCUGAUGUCAAGCACAGAGUGGCACACCAGAUUCUGUUUCGUGAUCUUUCUCCAGUGCUUCCAAAUUAUGAAAAAUCAUAUGUGAGAACGAAAAAACCAGCACCCGAGAACCUGGUGAAGGCCAAUCAACGAAGGACAGACUUCCUGCUGAGAUGUCCACGGCAACCGCGCACUUCGUCCAGCAAGCCCGAAUCGUCUGAGGACUCGGAUGCUGAUCAAUACUACGUUUACAGCCUGGGAGGACCGUUGUGGUAAUUCCGCGGAGUCGGAAAACAAAGCCACAAAGCCACACGCCCGGGAGUUUGCCGAAUUACAGGCUGGGAGGUAGGAGCGGGCCUUGCACCACCUGGACCUUGGCGGGCUGCCUGUCUUGCACCCUUCCCUGGGCUUCCAACGCCUUCAUCCCUCAUUUUUCCCCCUUCUCUUUAUCGGAAGAGGGGACAAAUGUUAUCGUUACCGUUAUUAUUAAAGUUUCCUUUAAUAUAAA